GGCAAUCGCCUCGUCGAGCUUUGCGUCGCUCGUAGCGGAUCUCGCGACACCAUCCGACCCGAUACAGUCCGUCGCGGCGAUUCUCGUUUGAGGAGCUCGUACUAUCUCGCCGUCGAAACGACGCCGCGGGAAGCUGUCGGCGCGACUGGCCAAAGGAUUCGCACGAGAAACGCGCGGCCGUGGCCGUGUCAUGGGCCACCGAGAAGCGAGGCCUGUUGCUACGCCAGCUUCGUGACUCAUCGCGCGAGCGAUCGACCCACUUGUCACCGUUGCCUGUGACAAGUGCGUACACGCGCGCGCCAGGUGACAGCGAUCUAUCUCUCUCUCUCUUCCUCUCACGAGUCUCGUCGCCUUCGACGCGAUCGGCGUGUUUCCGAUCGCGAGCCCUCGUCAUCGGCGCCGUGUCGCGGAGAAGCACCGAGGAGCGAUCGUUACGUCCUAACUGCUGGUAGCGUCGGCCGACAGCCCGGAGAUGGACGCCGGAUUCUCGUCGUAUCACAACGGCGGCCCCACGCGGGAGCAGGACUUCGGCAGGUUGUCCCAAUCGAUUGGCACCUCGAUACUCAAGAUAUCGCAAAAUGUGUCUUCCAUGCAGAAGAUGGUCAAUCAGCUGGGCAGCUCCACCGAUUCUCAGGAACUCAGGAAUCAGCUGCAUCAGAUACAGCACUACACGCAGCAGCUGGCGAAGGACACCAGCGUUCACCUCCGAGAUUUGGCCAUGCUGGCGAAUAACUCGGGCUCCACGAGCCCUGGCGAGCAGAGGCAGCGGAAAAUGCAAAGGGAGCGCCUUCAAGACGAAUUUACCAGCGCGCUGAACUCUUUUCAAGCCGUGCAAAGACUAGCUGCCUCCAAGGAGAAGGAAAUGGUUAGGAGGGCUAAGGCUAGUGCAGGUAUCGCGCCAUUCGGAGAGAAGAAGCAGGAUACGCUCAUCGAGCUGCAAGAUAGCAGAACGUAUGGGAGCGAUCAUGCGAAGCAGCAGCAGGACCAGCUGCAGGAGCAGAUGAAUUUACGAAUGCUGGAAGAGCAGGAAGCUAGUAUAAAACAGUUGGAGAGUAACAUUAACGAUAUCAACCAGAUAUUCAAGGAUCUUGGAGCUUUGGUAUACGAUCAGGGAGAAGUGAUUGAUUCUAUAGAAGCAUCGGUCGAGAGAACCGAGGUGUCUGUCAACGAAGGCGUGUCUCAAGUGAGGCAAGCGAGCAUGUACCAGACCAAGUUGCGCAAGAAGAAGUGUAUUCUCAUAGUGAUCGCGGUAGUCAUAUUGUCGAUUUUGAUUGGUAUCAUAGUUUGGCAAAGUAAGUAAAGAAGAAAAAGAGAGGGAAAACGUAAGGUGCAUAUAUGCCAGAGUGUACAGCACAGUAUGUGUAGUGCUACAAAAGACGGCGGCCCGUAAACGAUUGCAGAAUUGCGGGUCGGUAAGAUUUCUAGUGACGUUUCUGUCCAGUCUCGAUUGUUUCAAAACCACGCAAAGGGCUAGCGUUGUCGUAGAGAUGUGAGAGAGUGGAGAAACGCGCUGAAUCUUGCGAAUUCAAUCCAUCUAAUUGUGAUAAUCGUAGGUGCGAGCUCUGAUUUGCGAAUAACAUUCUCAACGGCAUGUCUAGGGGGGAGAGAGAUUGCCGCAGUCCAUUUGUACGUUUCAAUACUCAUAAACUAUCAGCGUAUAACGAUCAACCAUAUAUAAUAUAUACAUGCAUAUAUAAUUUAGAUAACGCGAUUAUGUAUAACAGAGCUAAAUACGUAUGAACGUGCGCGUGUGCUGUGUAGGAUGCUUGUAUAUGGUAAAGUAACGGAGGUCCUUGUUAUCUGCAAUGCAACUGUAUGUGCCUGUAAAAUAUCUUAAGAGACUAUUCCUAACGGAAACUUGGAGGCGAAUGUCUGAGAGAGCAUCGUAGUACUUUAAAGAUACGUAAAGGGAUUGAUAUAAGUUAAUGUAUUAUAUUUAGUUUAGGGAUGUCGAUUUUUGUUUUAAACAAUAUACAAUAAACAGUAUGUAUACAUAAAAAGACUGGCAAGAGCAAGCUUCGGCUCUAAUUAUUCUUACCAUACAAAUCUCGAAAUAUAUACAAUUGAUAGAGAAAAUUUACGCUUUUGAUGGAGGCGCUUGGGCGUGUAUA